AUGGAAGAUUUCCGAAAAAAACUUUAUGAAGAUAUUAUUAUCAAACAAAUAUCUCGUAAUAAUGAUGUUGAAACUGCACACAAAUGCAUCGAAACUCUGUCGAGAGUAGUAAAUAAUAUAAUUGACAGCCCUAAUGACGAGAGAAAAAGAAGAUUAAAAGAAAAAUCCAAAACAUUUCAAUCAAACAUAUGUGGGGCCCAAGGUGGCGUGGAAUUUCUUGUGAAAAUUGGAUUCAGGGCAAAAGUAAUAGAUUUUGAAAAAUUCUACGUCCUAGAACAUCCACUCACUGAUAAUCCCGAUUCUCCUGAGAUGGAAAAAUUGAAAGUUGCUCAAGAAAUACUCCAAGAUUUCUUGAAAAAAGUUAAGGAUCGUGCGGAACUGGCUUCCAAGAUGCAGGCCAAAGAAAAAGCUGCGGAGGAAUUAAGGAGAAAAGCCGUGUUGGAAAAAAUUGAUGAGGACAAAGAAAGGCGUGUAGCUGCCCGCGAAAGACUCCAAGCGAGAAGAAAAAGUCAAGAAGAACAAGAAACGACAAUUAACGAAGAAUCAAAUUCAGCGGAUGACAGCGCUGACACCGCUGACACCACUGACACACAGUCACAACCAGAACAAUUUUAUAGAGCCUAUCAUUCUUCCCAUUACCGCCAACCUAACCAAAAGCAAGACUAA